GAAGUUUGACUCAAAUCAACUCAAUUUUCAUCUGCAUUAAACGACUAAUUUCAUAAUCAAUUUUGUAUUCCACAAAUAUGAGAUAUACAUAUUCCCAACCCGAUCCGAUUCUGACACUCUACUGCUAAUUGCCUCCUUCCCCAGAUGCCGUCAGCCAUCUUCAGAACUGUCGCUGUCAUCGGAGCUGGUCCCGCUGGACUCAUCGCCGCCCUUGAACUCGGGCGAGAAGGCCAUCGCGUCGUUGUCUACGAGCGGGAAGACAAUCUAGGCGGCACCUGGCUUUACUCGCCCCAAACAGAGACUGACCCCUUAGGACUCGACCCGACCCGAGUCGUGGUCCACUCUAGCGUCUACGCUUCGCUCCGCACCAACCUUCCCCGCGAGCUGAUGGGCUUCCGGGUCUACCCAUUUGUGCCCACCGAGAAGCCCGGGCGCGACCCGAGGAGGUUCCCUGGCCACGGGGAAGUGUUGGAGUAUUUGAGGGAUUUCGCGGAGGAGUUUGGAUUGGAGGAGAUGAUCAGGUAUGGGAGGGAGGUCUGGGAUGUUGGGAUGGCGGCGGAUGAUCGGCGGUGGGUGGUCAAGUCAAGGAGGAGAGACUGCGGAGAUGGGGAUGGGGAUAAUGAGGUGUAUGAUGCGGUGGUGGUCUGUAGCAGCCACUUUUCUGAGCCCCGGGUUGCGGAUGUACCCGGCAUUGAUGAGUGGCCAGGGAAACAAAUGCACAGUCACAACUACCGUGUUCCUGAUCCCUUUCGUGAUCAAGUUGUGGUGCUGAUUGGGAGUGCUGCAAGUGCUGAGGAUAUCUCAAGAGAUAUUGCCAGAGUUGCAAAAGAAGUCCAUGUUGCAUCAAGAUCAGCACCAGUUGACAAAAUUGGAAAAUUUUCAGGGCAUGAUAACAUUUGGCUACAUUCAGUGAUCAAAAGUGUUCACAGAGAUGGCACUGUGGCUUUUCAUGAUGGAGAUCAAACUAUUGCUGAUGCCAUCCUUCACUGCACGGGUUAUAAAUAUUUUUUCCCAUUUCUUGAGAAGAACAAUGCUGUGAAUGUGGAGGACAAUAGAGUUGGCCCGCUUUAUCAGCAUGUUUUUCCUCCGACAUUGGCCCCUUGGCUUUCCUUUGUUGGCUUACCAUGGAAGGUUGCGCCUUUUCCUCAAUUUGAACUCCAGACCAAAUGGAUAGCUGGAGUUUUAUCAGGACGGAUCACACUGGAAUCGACUGAGGAAAUGACAGCAGAUAUUGAAGCAUUUUACUCGUCUCUGGAAGCUGCUGGCAUUCCUAAGCGAUAUACUCAUCGAAUGGAAGACUCUCAGUAUGAGUACGAUGAUUGGUUGGCUGCAAAGAGCGGCUCUCCUCCCAUUGAAGAAUGGAGAAAGGAAAUGUAUGUGGUGACCGGAAGGAGGAGAAUGAACAUGCCAGACACGUACCGUGAUGAGUGGGAAGAUGAAGAUUUACUAUCAUUGGCUUAUCAAGAAUUCAAUCUAUUGAAGCUCUCUGUGUGAUCAAUUCUUCCAAAUUUCAUCCAAGGGAUUUGUCGGAAUGUAAACGAUGCAGGUAAACUGCAGUUGUUCUCAAAAUUUCCAGUUGAGUUGAUGUUGUUGUAACGAGUGAUUGAGCUUAUAUCUUCCAGGAGAUGUAUUUUUAAUCGACUACGAAACAGAUAAUGUGAGUGAUAUAAAUAUUAAUGGACUAAAUAUUGCAAUGCA